GCGAGCUGCAGCCCCGGCGCUCGGAGCCACUGACCGCCAGCAUGGGGCCGGCGCUGCUCCUGGGGCUGCUACUCUCCCGAGCCGGAGACCUCAUGGCUCUGCCCAGCAGUGACUGUGUCAUGGCAGAGCAGCUAUGCCUCUCUGACGCCACCUGCAAUGCAACAUACAGGACCUUGGAAAACUGUGCCCUGGCCAAGACUCGCCUCCUUUCACUGGAUCACUACAGCAGGGUCAGAUGUCUGAAUGCAGAGCUUGACCUCGGGAACAGCUCUUUGCUGCACUGCAAGUGUCACCGGCGCAUGAAGAGACAGGAGCACUGCUUACGCAUUUUCUGGACCGUUCACUCCAGCAUGACAGAUGGUUAUUUCAAUUUGGAGACCUCUCCCUAUGAGAAUCCAGCAAAUGAAGAACACUGGAAGACAGAUUAUAAUAAACUGGCAGCUCUGGUAUCAGGCUCACAGUUAGCAGGAGAUGCAACAAAUCCAUGUCUGAGAGCAACACAUGUCUGUAAUCUGAGCAAAAAGUGUUUUCGUCUGCGCACAGACUAUGCCUCCAUCUGCACCAAGGGAGCAGGAAGUGAGGAUGUGUGUGACCGGCGCAAGUGCCACAGAGGGCUAAGGAAUUUCUUUGAGAAAGUUCCUGAGGAUUUCACCAAAAGGAUCCUGUUCUGUCCAUGUCAAGAUGAACUUUGUGGAGAAAGGCGCCGCAAAACUAUUGUUCCUGACUGUUCCUUCCAGUAUAACACCAAGCCAAAUUGCCUCUGGCUUCUGGACUCCUGCUUAGAAGACCAUAUCUGCAAAUCCCGACUGGCUGACUUCCAACAAAAUUGUCAACCUGUAGACCUGUCUCCAGAUGGCUGCUCUCUGCACAACCAUGCUGCAUGCCUGCAGGCUUACAUGGGGAUGAUUGGCACACCCAUGACACCCAACUAUGUCAGUAACUCCAGUGUGGAGGUCUCCUUGUGGUGUACGUGUGAGAACAGCGGCAACCAGAAGGAGAAGUGUGACCAGAUACUCGGCAUGUUUGAGAGCAACAAAUGCCUUGAAAAUACCAUUUGGUCUCAAAUGCACCUGAAGCAGACAGCUCUAGAAAGACAGGAAGAUUUACUUUAUUCAUCUUCCCUAAGCUUCCAAGGAGACAGUGCCAGCACAUCUUUCUCUUCAGCAAUGUCCCAGGUGGCUGAAGGGAAGACACAGCGAGACAGCUCCAAACAGAGCAGUAUGCCUAUGGCCUCCUCUGUAUUUUCUGGAGCUGCCACUUCCUGGCCUUCUCUGGCUCUGUUCCUGCCCCUGUUGCUUAGCCCACAUUAAUGUGGCAUAAAUGGAAUCUUUCCUUCCCAUAUUAUUAAUAUUAUCCCAUAUCCAGGCAUGUCCCAGUACAGAUUUACCUUUGGGAAACAGAAGGCUUUCAGACAAGAAGAAUGGCCUUAACCCAGAAUGGCAAUCACUGGAAACCUCCCACAUACGUGCACCCCGCUUUCCCCCUGUCAGUUUGCACUGAGCUCUGCAAGUACAGUUCUCACCGUUGUUUCUGCUGUG